AUGCGUCUCUCUGUACCCAUUUUCUUUCUGCUGUGGGUUAAAGCCCUCACAUUGAAAAACCUUAAUUAUUCCGUCCCAGAGGAGCAAGGACCUGGCACUGUUAUAGGUAAUAUAGCAAAAGAUGCCGGAUAUGGGACCAUGGAGAGAGGGAAGAAAUCCAACUUCAGAGUGUUGGAGAAUUCUGCACCACAUCUGGUGGAUGUUGACCCGGAGAGUGGACUUAUCUUCACCAAACAAAGGAUUGACAGGGAGACGUUAUGCAGGCGCAACCCAAAGUGCCAGCUCUCCAUGGAGGUGUUCGCCAACGACAAGGAAAUAUGUAUGAUCAAGAUUGACAUACAGGACAUUAAUGACAACUCGCCCAGCUUUCCCUCAGACCACGUUAAUAUUGAUAUUUCUGAAAACGCAGCUGCUGGGACUCGCUUUCCUCUGACUAUUGCACAUGACUCAGAUUCAGGGGAAAAUGGGAUAAAGACCUAUCAGGUCACAAGAGAUGAUUACAACACCUUUUCCCUGGAUUUAAAAGUGAGGGGUGAUGGGACUAUAUAUCCAGAGCUGGUGGUUCAGAGACCUCUGGAUAGGGAGGAUCAGAGUCAUCACACCCUCCUCCUCACAGCCAUUGAUGGAGGGGAGUAUCCGAGAUCAGGCUCCAUGCAAAUUAACGUCAGAGUGACUGACUCGAAUGACAACAGCCCGGUUUUUGAUAAGUCCUCCUAUGUGCUUGAGAUCGCAGAGAAUUCACCUCAAGGAAAAGUACUCAUAGAUUUAAACGCCACUGAUCUGGAUGAGGGAAGCAACGGGCAAGUGAUAUAUUCCUUUACUGGAUACGCAUCUGAGAGAAUCCAAGAUCUGUUCUCCAUUGACCCCAAUACAGGCGUCAUCAAAGUCCAGGGAGAGAUUGACUUUGAAGAGAACCCGAUCAUAGAGUUUGACGUGCAGGCGAAGGAUCUGGGGCCCAACCCGAUACCAGGCCACUGUAAAAUAACUGUGAAAGUUCUUGACAAAAAUGACAACUCGCCAAUAAUAAGUUUUGUUUCUGUGCGGCAGGGAGCCAUCAGUGAGGCAGCACCCCCUGAAUCUGUCAUAGCACUUGUGAGAGUGACGGAUAAAGACUCUGGUCGAAAUGGUCAACUUCAGUGCAGGGUGCUCGGGAAUGUACCCUUCAGACUGCAGGAAAACAAUGAUAAUUUCUACACACUGCUCACAGACAGGCCUCUGGACAGGGAAAUGAAGGAUGAGUACAAUGUAACAAUCGUGGCGAGAGAUAACGGGAUCCCUUCUUUGAACUACACUAAGUCAUUUACCGUGAAGAUUCUGGACGAGAAUGACAAUGCACCUCGCUUCACAAAGACAGUGUAUGUGCUACAGGUGCCUGAGAACAACAUCCCGGGGGAGUAUCUGGGCUCGGUUCUGGCUCACGACCCAGAUGUGGGUCGCAAUGGAACUGUUUCUUACUCUAUUCUGCCAUCGCACAUCGGGGACGUUUCAGUGUACACGUACGUCUCUGUUAACCCCACCAAUGGAGCCAUAUAUGCCUCACGCUCUUUCAAUUAUGAGCAGACAAAAUCCUUCGAGUUCAAAGUUCAAGCUAAAGACGGAGGUUCACCGCACAUGGAAAGCACUUCUACAGUCAGGGUCAAUGUCCUUGACGUCAACGACAAUCUCCCAGUUAUUAUUUUGCCAGUUCUGCUGAAUGAUACAGCUGAAAUCCCAGUGCCUAGAAACGUAGGGAUUGGAUACAUUGUGGCCACAGUGAAAGCUGUGGACCACGACCACGGAGAGAGUGGACAUUUGACCUACGAGAUCACAGAAGGAAAUGACGACCACUUGUUUGAGAUGGAUCCGGUGGGAGGGGAGGUCAGAACUGCACACGCUCUUUGGGAAGAGGUUGCCCCAGUGGUUGAGCUUGUGGUGAAGGUAACUGACCAUGGCAAGCCCCCCUUAUCUGCCGUGGCUAAGCUGAUCAUUAAGGCGAACACAGAGACAGUGGCAGGAGGGGGUUCCAGCACGGGCGGGGAGCAGCAGCACUGGGAUGUAUCCCUGCCCCUCAUAGUUACCCUCUGCAUUAUCUCUGUCAUGCUCUUAGCAGUCAUGACCGCCAUCGCUGUCAAGUCCAAGCAUCAAGAUAAGGAGGCUGGGAAUUAUAACUGCCGCAUGGCUGAGUACUCCAAUCCUCCAGUGGGGAAAGGCAAAAAGAAAAGGAUCAACAAGAGUGACAUCAUGCUGGUGCAGAGUGAGAUGGAGGAAAGAGAUUCUGCCAGCCGGAUGAACGUGGUGAGCAGCCCUUCACUCAUCACAUCACCAAUAUGUUUUGACUACCAGAGCCCUCUGCCGCUCACGCUGCCCAGGUCAGAGGUCAUGUACCUGAAAACCACCCCAAACAGCCUGACAGUCCCCAGGGCGGGCUGCCACUCCAGCUUUGCCGGGCUUAGCACAGACACUCCAGCGAAUAGGAUGUCAGUGAUACAGGUAAGGAGGAUGCUGCACUGUAUUCGUUAUCUGCCCUUUAUUCUGGCUUAUCAGCGCCCCGCUGCUUUACCAUACAAAUCUGACAAAAGCAAAGUAAUCGACUGAAAAAGAGAAAGUCUGUCUCUGUGGGCAGACAUAAUCAUUUCCACUUAUUCUUUUCCCAGUUAUGACACGAUGAAAUAUUCCUCACAUGAUAUGGAAAUUUAGAAUUAAGAUGAGCUCAUUUGUUUCAAAUGGCACCAGCUUUUUCUCUGAGUAUUUGAGGAGCUUGAAUCCUUUCAGAAACAGCUCCGUCGUGAGUGUUCUUCUCUUGCAAAAUGGUACAGGUGGUGUGCAUAAUGAGAAAGUCCUCACAGUUAGACAUGCAAACAGUGUGAGUCUUGAACAAGGCUGCUGUGACCCUGCCAGAUCCACUGCUAUAGAGUGAAAACAAAACCCUGCCUGAAAUGUGGGAUUGGACAGGUGUUUGAGCAGCUUGUCCGAUCACAUUACUGAACCAAUGUGCACCAGACAGCUAGAUGCACACAGCAUAACCUCACAAUCGCAUUUCUCGCUCCCCACAAAUAUGGGCCAGAUCCACCCAUCCGCAUCCAAAAGUUGGCACGAUAAGGCCAUUAAUAGGGUCCAGCCUCGCCUUGCAGAGAUAGCAGGGUUGUAUACACGCGCCAGCUAACAUGCUAAUUUGACAGCAUGGGCUUGUAGUGCUGUUUAACACGGCAGAAUUAUCUGUUGUAAACGAUGUAAAUAAAUAGGACAGUUGCACAGACAGUCUCAUUUGGAGAUGAUAACACAGAUGACAGGGCCUGGCACUGUCACCAGUCACCAGGGUAUGUGGGUGUGAUCAACACAAACACACAUUAUUCUCAAGAUAGGGGGAAAAGGAUGCUGAUGACAGUGGCUAAUGCUUUUCUCCCUUGCUUUGCCAAGAAGGCACAUAUGGUCACAAUGGAGGUUUGCUCUUAUCAUGCAGUUAUCACUGGCAGGUGCUGUCUUGCUUUUGUAGAAUUCUUUCAGGUGGCACAAUAAAAGGUCUGAAAGCCAGACAAGAACAUUCCCAUUCCUGCUUGAAUCUUGUGUUACUCAAGCUAAAUGUUGAACAUUGCAUGACAAUUUUAACAAUGCACAAUGUAAUUUUCCUUUCAUUUUCUAGACGGAAAAUUUCCCCUCAGAACCCAAUUAUGCUGGCAGCAGGCAGCCAUUUGUUCAAAGGUAAGAGCUUCUACCCAAAAGCUUCCUGACCAGUGCAUUUAGCUUCUUCAUCUUUGUAUCAAGGCAGCUGACUGUGGCUAUCAAACAGGAGCGCUCACGCAGAGGUAAUGGCAAGUCAUGUUUUUUUCUCCCCCCUUCCUUCUAUUCUGCUGCAGCUCAACAUUUAAGGAUGCAGAACGAGCAAGCCUCCGAGACAGUGGCCAUGGUGAUAGUGACCAGGCUGAUAGUGACCAGGAUACUAAUAAAGGCUCACACUGCGACACGUCUGCAAGGGAGGCCCUCAAGAUGAAAGCAACAGCAGUUAAUGGCCAGCCCUUUGAGCAGGGUGAGUGGAUGCACUCUAUUCCUGACAUCUUGAAGAUGCCUACGACUGACUCCUGCACUAGACAUUGUCUGUAGUUUAUUCACUGAAAACAUGCAUACUGCACACUGGUGUUAAAGCGAAAGUCCAGCAGUCCCUGGUUAAAGCGCACAGACAAAUAUUUAACACGGUCGAGGUAAAAUCUAACUGCUUCUUCAAGCUCGAGUUAUAUUGCAGCGCUUUACAUUGCAGACAGCCUGAGCUGUGUUGCAAAGAUGACAUGAAGGCAGCAGAGUGGAAGGUAGAUGGUAGUUUAAAAGGAUAAAAGAGUCCAUUGGCUGAAGGUAAAAUGUUCAAACAUCUUCUGCCUGACAUUGCCAUCAAACAAACUCAUAUGCAUGGCAAAGUGCACCCCAGUCUGUGUCUCUUUUGAUCACGUCAUUAUUUGAACACAGAUUCACUGCAUGCAUGUCUUGAAUAAAAUGACAGAGACAAGAAAAGCAUGAUAGACACUUGCGGUGCAAAAUGACAGGUAUUUCUGGUUCAACAUGACAGACUGUUUCCACCUUUUGCAGGGAGAGGUUUUCUCAGUUAUUAUCGGUUUUGCUGCGGUUACAAUGUUUUCAGAGGAGCUCUUGCUUUAGGACUGAAAAUAGAAAUGUUAAAUUUUAUUUCACAAAUGUGAAACGAUGUGCACUGCCAGAAGUGUAAUCAUAGACGAUUGUCAGUCUGUUCAACCUGGCUGACCUGAUAGGAGCUGAUAUAUUUAGCUGUUGUGGACAUAAACUGAAAAUAUGAAAGCAACUCUCCCCUGGUAAGAUAAAAGACAAUGGAGCGACUUGAGUGGAGUUGUGAUGUUUCUCAUUUCCUUGUGCGAGGCUUGGAGGAGAAUGUCUCUGGUCAUAAGGUCCCCAUGCAGCACUUUCCACACCAUUUACAUUGCUCUGAACUGUUUGUUUGAGGCAUGCUCAGGAGGGCAGGGAUGGAAACACUCCUGCGUCUGCCAGUAGGAUGUGUGAAUCUCUCUCUCCCUCUAUCUAUCUCACUUUUGUGCGUUUGCGAGUGUGUGUUUUUGCCUCAGUGUGCUAUGAGAAAUUAUGGCAGACCAAACUUGACUCCGUGGGAGGUGUAAAUUCAAUCACAAUUUUUUUUUCUUUUGCAGCACAUUUCUUGAAUUUGAUUCAGGGAAAGUUCUAAGGCCAAUCAAUCGGACGGGCGCUGAAAGCAAUGUUUUGAACAUGGGGGACAGAAUAUUUACAUGUCUGCCGCGCUGACGCUCACUUUGACAGUGGUGUCAGUUAAUUUAUAGACCUGCAUUUGUUAGAUAAAAGGAAGGGAAAGAAAUGAGACUCUGCUUCUAAUAUUAACACCCUUUUCCUGGGAAAUUUAGCUAAGAAGCAAAAAAAAAAAAAAAAGCAGUGUUGCUCUUAAUGGUUUUCUCUCUCGGGGUUGGUCAGUUGAAGAUUAAACGGUGUCACUGUACAAGAUGGAAGAUCUACAUUAUGCACAACGCCUCAGACCUGAUCACACAAACACAUCACCCUCCAACCCACACACUCCUCUGUCUCCUGCUCUCUCUCACUCACACACACACACAUACACACACACACACAGGUACAUUUAUUGAGCAACAAAGCCACUGUUUUUCAGAUUCAGACACGAUCGCAAUAUUACCCAAAAUGGAGCCACCGCAGAAUUUUCUGUUCCAAAUGCACCAACACAGAAGCUUGUGGGUUAAGUAGUAAUGCUUUUAUGUCUUUACCUUUACCAUCCCUCUAGUCUCUCGGCUGCUUUGAUACAGGUAAUAUAUGCACCUGUGCAGCUUCCACUAUCAUGCACACUGAAUAUUUAUUCGCUCUCACAGACACCAGAUGCACAGUGGGUAUGUUGCUAGGCUUUCUCUGAUUCUAUUUAUAAUGGGCAGGCCGUCUCUUUGUUUUUUUGAGAACAUGUUAUUGUUCCAUUCACAGAUGCCCAUAAGAUCACAGCUACUCUGUCACUUUGUCAUGAUUCUAUUAUGUGACUAUGUCGAUGCAGUAAACUACAUAAAGCCAUUGUAUAACUCAGUAAUUUUAGAGCUAUUAUUUAACCGUUUUUUAUUCAGUGAUGAAAUGGAAAAUGGAAAUAGAAAGCCAAUGGCUCACACAAUAGAUGAAAGCCCCCUUACUACCUCAUCUUCGUUUCCCUGCAUUUUAAUCAUAAAGCCACUGAUGGCUCAGUGAUACCUUGAUUUGGUCAAGAUUGGUACAUGGAGUCACCAUCUUUUUUUAUCCAGAGUGUCAUCGAAAUAUUACAGGUUUUGAUCACAAAGGUAGGACUGUGGCAGGAAACGAAAUAAAAAUCUUUUUCUCAUGUAGGCAUUAGGUAUUGAAUAUUACAAAAACAUGCAGACAUGAUCCUUAAAUUGCUUUUGAUUUAUCCCCAGACAUAUAGGACAAUGACUAAAAUACCUCUCUGUGUUUCCUCUGAACCUUCUAAGCACAUACAUCCCUUUACAUUAGCAUCAUCUGCUAGCUCCUCCACAGUGAUAGGUACCAUGGAAAUGAAUUCAGCAUCUCCCUGCUUCUCCCUGCUUAUGCUCAUUGUUCUGGCCUCGUGUAUCUGUGUCUCAGAAAAUACUUUUCUGGAUGGAGCCAGGAGAAAGAUGGAGUUACACACACACACACAAAAAAAGAGAAAAACGCACCGGCUACAGAACUGUAAUCUUUGGGUGUAGAUGCUUCAAAGACUAGGACUUGUAAUAUGCAGGAUCUGUGUUGGGGUUUUGCCAAAUCAAAGCCAUCAUUUAGUUUUUCUCUUUUGAUGUAAAAUGCAUUUUGAACCCAAAUGUGUAUUUUCUCUUGAUCUUAGUCCUGACAAGACAGCACAAGAUCGGUCUGUGCUUUGAAUAGACUAUGUAAGUUCACAUGCUACGCAACAUGACAGGGGAGACAGUCAGUGUAUGGAACUUAGAAAUGACAUGUGUCUUAGAAACCUGGCUGAAAAUGGCCCACGACAACCUGCUGUCGAUUUUCCUGUGAGGGACUCUCAGUUUGUGAGGAUAAUUCUGGUGUAAUAAUAGCCUAUGCUUACAGUGCGCUUUUUGCGGUUUGUUUCUUAUACAAGUGUAAGCAGGGAUGUGUCCAGACUCUUUAGCCGGGGUGGCCUAACUGAGGCACUGACUUUUGCAGGGGUGGCAUUCAGUAUGUCUGAUGCUCCAGUGGUCACCCUUUUUAAAUCUGUAAGGAUAUGAGAAAAUGUUUGUCUAAAAUCACAAAUUAAAGUACUAACCAAAGGAUUUAUUACAUGACAAAAUGAAAUUCAAAGAAAGCCCCCAGCAGCCUGUUGGAGCACAGCCCUAAAAAGUUGAUUUUUACUUAAGACCCACCUCUGACAUCGCAGAUAACCAAUUAUAGUUUAAGUUUUUGGGGGAGCCCCCUGGUGGCGGACUGAAUUUCAAAGUUGUGCAUGGUCAUCACCUCAAUCCACCCUCGUGAGUUGGGGGUGUUUUCUAACCUAUCUCUCUGUCUUUCAAGAAAGUCAAACACAUCGCUCUCUGUAUAUCUUUUUCAUAUUAAAGCACAAAACUGCUCUUUCUGCAGGCUACUAUAAAUCACUUCCUCUGCCAUUCACCACUCAGCAGCAGUUUCAGGCCUUUAAAAUAUCUGUAUAGAACUUAUCACUUUUUUUUGCUGAUGGUUUUAUUUCCUCACAUAUAGAUGCUAAAGUUCAUUUCACUCAGUUUUUUAACAAGCUGGAAAUUCUUCACAAGAGCUUCACUGUAUGUCGCACUGCAAAUUCCUGUAGCCAGUAUGUUAUUGAAAGAAAUAUCAAAACUUGUAAUCCUAGUUAUGCUUUUUUUCUGGCUACCUGAAACCUGACCUGCCUGAGAGUCACAAAGGAUCUACUUAUGUCCUAUGUUAAGAUCAAUUCCAGUUUUAAACUAUUAAAACUCUGCCUAGCAGUAAUUUCUCAAAGAGUGGGACAAAAAGCAAAGCUGAUACAGCUCUAAUAUCAUAAUCAGACUAAGACCAAGCACACCUUACACAAAAAGGAAAAAGAAAAAUCUUUAGUAUUUAAUGAUUAAUUUCAAGAAAUAAAACAAUAUAAGAAAAGGAUGUGUGAUUCAAUACCUGUUGUAUAGUUGUAUAGUUAUAGUGACUGUUGCUAUUGACAAUAAGAAAUGACUUCACAAUUUCUUAGAUACACAGAGCAGAUUACUGAAUAGUGUGUUUGAUUUUCUCAUUUGAUCCAUUUAUCUCGUAAAAUCUAGAUUUUUCCUUUUUUAGUGGCAGAAUAAAUUCGAGUUUCCUACACACUAUUUAGAUUUGGCAUCAACUCUCCUCCUCAAAGACGCGUCAGCUUCCUCUUGGACGAAUCUUAACAAUCUGGCACCUACUUUUUAUAUUUUCUCUGAGAGCCUUGUCCCCAAACUCUGGGCACUGUUAUUGGCCCAAAAUUUGAUGCCCAGACGCAGCGAAAUGAGAAAACGCAGGCAGAGGGGCAGGGUCACUGGUGAUAAAAAAAAACAGCCACACACUUCAACAGGGUCAGGAGUUAUGCUUGCGAGGGAUUAUCUUUGUGAGUCUGUAUAUUGUUUUCGAAGUCAAAAAUCCUCUUUGUUUUCCUCGUUCAUAAAACCUUUAACAGCCACGGUAUAAAAUGAACAGCCCUUUUCAACGUGUUAUAUCUCCAUGUAGUCAAAGAAUAAUUAACACUUCCAUUAUGUCCGAAGUCUUGCAGUGUGUGUGUGGGUGUCUUCGGUGGGUGUUCAUGGACUUGAGCAGCAGUGUGUGAUUCCGGUGGCGUGUACUUUGCGAACGCGUUGCUUGUGUGGUUCUAGUUCUCGAAUGUCUUUGGGGCUGAGGAGCAGAGACGGUAUCUUGUGUGUGUGUGUGUUUUUUUUCUUCGCCUUUCUUUUGUUUGAACCUCCCCCUUGGAUUCACGCAUCCUCCAGCAAACUUGCCGAGGCUGGUGAGCGCAGAAGAAGGUUUCUGUCUCCUUUGAACGAGAGGAUCUCCCCACCUCUUCUAGGAAAGAAUUGCGUCUCGUGGAGCUUCCCCUUGUUCCAGGCUAAUAUUCUCAUCCUCAUCAGGGCCAAGUUUCAAAACGAGAUCAAGUGCCUCAUUCACAGCUAGUCACUCUUUGAUAUCGCUGAAUGGCUUGUGAGCAAAUAGAGAGGCCUUAUUAAUAGAGUAAAGUUAUGAGAGCUGAUUAGUGGAGUAUAAAGCCAUAUUGUAAUAGGCUGUAACACUGUGUUUACUCCCAGAAACAACAGGUUCAAGGUUGAGUUUUGCUGAAUUAAGAGAUUGAUUUAAGAGGGAAAAAAGGGGACAUGAUUGCAUUGAAAUUUGAGAUUCGCUUCCAUAUACUUCCUGCCUUGAUAUUUCACUCUAAAGGGAGACACUUAUAAGGAAGAGAAAGAUGCGACCGCUGCCUUUCAUUCAUUUCUUAAAGCUGGAAUAUUUUGUCAAAAAUGGCCAAAUUCUGACUCAUUCGGGGGCGAUAUUUCAUUAGGUUUACAUUUUCAUUGCAAAGGAUUACAUUAGGAUCCAGAAGCAGUGGCAGUAAAGCAAACAAAUUUGUUAUAUUAAAGUGAGAUCAGUCGUCAGAACAUCAGCAAGAUUAAAUUUGUACUUUAACAAAUGACAUUGGUACUCUGCUUUCAUGUACAACAUGAAUAAUGAAGGAAAACUGUCAUUUACCCCCAAUUUAUAAGGACAUGUUUGACAUUUUGCUUCAUGCCACUGCAUGCAAAAUACACUGCAUGCAUCAGUGUCAAAUUAAUUUUGUUAGCGGAGUGUAAUGGCUGCAGAAAAAAAGAGGAACCUUCUGCAUCAUAACACCAUGGAAAUUGGCUCAUUCUAUGUGUCGCUCCCUGUGUGCUUACUUCAUGUCCAGGGUGGAUGUGGUGUGAAAUGUAAAAGACUGAGUAACGCUGCAGAGAUAGAUUCUUAUGCGUUGCUCCACUUUCUUUUUUUUUUUGCGCCCGACACUAGUACACAGUCACUUGCACAUGUUGUACAGUCCUGUGGCGUUUGGCUCAGUGUUCAGCAUCAAUUAAAGCAACUCUGGCUGCCACAGUCAUGAAAUAAUCAGAGAACAAAGUCAGUCAACAAUAUGUCAUCAAGAGGUAAUGUUACAUGCCUUUAUUGCAUCAGAUGACAAACAACCACCUCUGUCCCAAUCCUUACACGCUACAGUGGUGAUAUUUAAAGCUCAUUGUUGAUCAGUUUUGCCAUUUUCCUCCAGAGCAUAUGCAGAUUUUGUGCAAAGAAGCAAACCUGCUUAAUUGGUUUUCCUUUAUGUUUCCACACAUCCACAAGUAGCUGUGUUUCUCGGUGCUGGAAGAAACUGUUGACCACAAAUUACAGUAAACAAGAUCCUCUUGUGGCAAGGGCAGGUCACAAUGUAUACCCACUAAUAGAAAGUGAAAUGCAAAAUGGGCCGCCAAUGCAAAUGAGGUGCUGAGAACGCACCAGAGUACUUCAAAGUGAUUAGAAAAAUUACUUAAGGUCAGACUAAUGAAUUUUUGUGCUCAUGAAGGUGUUGCCAGACUCCAGUUUCACCUUGAUUCUUUACUUUUUAGAUGCCUUGCGGUUAUUUUUAGACAUUUCUGCCAGGGGUGUGUCAAGAGGGGCGGGCAGGCACUGCCCCCCUUAAUUUAAUUGGCCACCCUUGGUGUCUCCCCCAAAUAACAGCCAAGGCUUUUUGCCUUGUUGGAGGACUUUUGUUAAAUUCAAUUAUUUGGACUGUUUUACAGCAGGGUGCUUGUUAGUUUCUCUUUGUCUUGAAGGGAAGCAUGUCUUCUUUGUUUGUUUAUGGAAAUUAAAUGUUAGAUGAACAUCUUCCUCACGAAAUGUGGAUAUGAGGUGACUCUGUUGUGUUUCUAUGUCCACUUACAAACAGUCAAAAUGUCUAUUUUUGUUGAUUUUAUGCGUGUUCUUUAUGUUCCCCAUGUUCUCUAUAGCUGAUUUAGCUACGACUACACCGUAACUCAAAGACAGAGAGUUGUUGUAUUAUUCAAGAAUUAUGUUGGCUUGUAUGAAGAGAGUCUUUUUAGGCUCAUCGGUUGCUGCUGAAAACCUAGAUAGUGCGCUUUCAGUUCUCAAUGUUGUAGAUUUUUACUAAAUCUGUGAGGUCUGAAGUUGAUUCUGUCUCCCUACAUUGCCUUCCUUUUUUACUGGGUAACUUGUGGUAUUAAUUUCCUUCUGCAUCCCAUUUUUGAUGUUGCUGUUUCAGAAAAACGCCCUUCAAAUACAUAAUAAGCAAGGACUUUCAUUGUGAUGUACUCGUCAGAAAUAAUAUGUGUUACAUUAAUCAUCCCAAAGCUACACAUUCAGCUGCGUUUUCAAUAACACCUUUGAGGGUUACACUUUUUGCAGUCGCUUCUUUGACUUUGAGUCCCAGCUACAGGCCACUUCUUUUCCUGCUGCGUUUAUUCAUCUCACUUUAGACUGAGUAGUCCUCAGUUAAAACGCACCUUCAAGUCCCAUAUUAGUGGUGAUAUUAAUCUCUGCCAUGCUCCGCUCAAGUCAAACCAAGUCAAGCUAUUCCAACACGCAGGGGAUGUAAAGCCCCAAACAGACCCAAAGUGAUAGAGGGCACGCCCAUUUAGGGUUGCUGUUAUGAGCCAACAUCAAAACUUGGAGAGGAGGGAACGACGGGGAGGCACUGAUCUUUGGUCAGGGAGCUUAAAUAGUACUGAUAUGAUCAUAUACAGUAUGAUGUGACAGAACUCUGAAUGAUUGUAGUCAAAGUAGGAAGUGAAGACAGAGAUUGUAAAUGCUUUUAAUCGGUGUGUGCACAGAUCCUGGACACCCCUGCCAAGGCCAGUGACCCCAUAAAAAGCCAUAAAGUGUGGACACGCCCCUGAUUUCUACACACAUCAAACUUUGACAUUAAUAUCUAAGAAACACGUAAAAAUAACCAGCACUAUCAACAGUUUCUAACAUUUUCUGAUCAGAAACCAUGAAUUCAUGCAAAUUCCACAGGUGUUUUUCUGUGUGUGCUACACACAAAGUGAUACUGCUGAGAAUGUAAAUGAAACACACAUCACUUCCUCUGCACCAGAUGAUAUUUUCCAGGAAACACCUACACAGGUUAUUGAAGAUAGCAGAGGGGAGCUGUUCAUGGAUAGGAUUAAUUAGUCAGUGGCUAUAUAUGUUGAACAGCUGAAAGCAAAUUUAACGUUUCUGCAGUGUUUUUUUUUUCUUCUGCAUGACAUUAUUUCAGGUUGCAUUUAAUGAAUAUGUUUGUUUGCUACUACUGAAAUAGAAAAGCCUGUAGUUUGGUAAAUAAAAACAAUGCUUUAAUGAACUCUUUUAGCUAUUACAAGACGCAGCCAGUUUAGUUUUCAGUCUAAAAGCCUCUAAAGAACAAACUUCAUAACCCAAAUAAGGAAAGAUUUAUUUAUUUGGUUGUAGAAUUCGAAGAAUACUGUAAUAAUUUGUUUUUGUUAGAGUGCUUUAUUAUUGUUGCUCAUUCUUCAAAAUGUCAUCUACUUUCUCUUCUGGGUUGUUUAUUCGUACCCCAGCAGGGUCCAAUAACAAAUGUUUAACUGUUUUUGCAGAGCAAGACAAAUCAGUCCACUGCACCGAUGAAUGUCGUGCACUGGGACAUUCUGACAGAUGCUGGAUGCCAAAGUUACGGGUAGGAAGCCAAGCAGACAGCGCCGAUAAUCGCACCAACCUUUUCAUCCCUGUGGGAAUGGAUGCCAUGGUAGAGACAGAGAUUUAUGGCACCAUCAGCUGCAGCAGCAGAAAAACCCUCAGCACGUUUGGAAAGGAGCAGCGGGACAGUACAAUCCUCGUGGCCAAUGUCAAACCUUACUUAAAAUCACAGCGUGCGCUAAGCCCACCGCUACAGGAGAGUCCAUCUGCGUCCAGUAGCCCCACCAAGAGUAGUUUGCCCCUGGACUUGGCCAGCCAAGAGUCCAAAGAGGAGAGGGAGGGGGGCUCAGACAGCAGUGCCUAUGGCCCUCCAGAUGGCCAGUGCUCCCCGCUGCACACCGAAUUGGAGGAGCCCUCCUACCUGACCUGUGAGCUCAGGCCUAAGUCCCUGUCAAGCAGUCUCAUUCACAGCUCCGUCAUCAGCCAGGAGUGCGGGGGGUCAGAUUGUGCCCUCGACCCGCGGGACUCUGGCAACUGA